AUGCGAGCUUGCCCUAUUUGUAAAAGUCGAAAAUGGUAUAGUGACGGGUUGGGUGGAUUGGUUUGUCAGUUUGGGCACCAAAGAGAGGGCUUUCAAGAGCAAGAGAGUGAGAUAGAAACUGCUUCGGUUACAAGCAAAAAGCGACGUAGUCGCUCUAAAAAGGCGUCAAAUGAAUACUAUGCAUUCCAAAAUCGCACUGAAUACGCUCAAGUACUUUUAACCGUAGCUCAAUGGGUACUGAGGAGACAAUUACAUGUUUUAAUAAAUGAGAUGGGAUUUGUACCACAGAUCGAGCAAGUAGUUCAACAUCUAUGGAUUCUAUAUGUAAACAAACUAUGUGAAUUAGAUCUUGAUGUGACGCGUAUUAAUCAUGUCGCUCCUGAGGGUUCUUCAUCAGCACUACAAGAAUAUGAUAAUGAUGAUAAUUUAGAAUUCCUAAUCGAUAUUCCACAAGACUCUGAUUCCGAUUCCGAUGGUAAGGGUGGUAGUCAACAAAGAAGUAGUGGUAAUGAAUUUUCUGACUUUAAUAGUCAGGCAAAAAGCAUGAAGUAUAGUGCUUUACCAUGUCGUUUAUCAAAUAUGAGUUUAAGCUUUGUGUUGGUUAUAAUAUAUCUUGGAUGUGUUUGGUUAAGAAUCCCUAUAAUAAAAGGUGAUAUUGUUCGUUGGGCUUCUACCGGUCGUUUAUCAGAUUUAGUAAUUCGUCAAGAAUUACCUAAUGAUAUGAAAUUACAUCUGGGUCCUCAUUUUGUUAAGAAGUUCUUUGAAAAAGAGCGACAUCAAUCAUGGCAUUUCUUGACUUCCUUAGAAUUCGAUUUUAUCGCAUUUUAUAAAAAUUUUUACGGAAUAACUUUUCCUGAAAUUAAUGCUCCACCUAUACUUUAUCGAUUCAUCAGAGAUUUUAUGUUACCAGUUGAAACAUAUGUUAUCUCCAAGGAAUUAGCGCAAUUGAUCAAUUUGAAUCUAGAAAUAAAUCGAAAUCCUUCUCUUUCAUUGUUAGCCGUGAUAAUCGUGAUAAUUAAAAUGGUCUAUGGAUUGGAUGGACAGAAAAGGGUGCCAAAUGAUAAAGAUGAAUUCUUUCGAUACUUUCCUAAAUUUGAAGAUUGGAUAAAAAAAUUGAGUGAAAGACAAGAAAAACUUUUCUCAAAAGAAAUUCCUUUGGAUCUGAGUGAUUUGAAAGAAUGGAUUGAUAGCAAUCCAGAUAAAUAUAUAAAGCAUUGUUCUGAUACAUUGGUCGGAAAAAAUCGAUGGCCACAAACGCCUAAGGAUACACAGAAUACUGCCUACAUAAACCGUGCAAAACGGAUUGAAGUGCGAGAGGUUUAUUUGAUGCAAAAAGAGAAAGAACGUGACAAAAAAAUUAUCAAAAAUUUAGAAAACAACAUCAAUGAUUUUAUUGAACCAAUUGAAAAAGAAAUUCAAGAAUUGAAUUUCUGUGUUGAAGUUCCAGGCAAACAUUCAUCAACUUCAAAAUCUUGUUCGUUUUCAAAAGAUCCAAUGAAACAUUUACGUAAUAGAUAUUCGACAUUUUUGUAUAGAAAUCCUGAGAAUGAUAAUGAUAAGCCGAAUCUUACAUUUGGUGAAAAGUAUGCCGCGUAUCAAAUGUUUCAGAAUCGCACCGAGUCAGCUUUCUUUAAACAUGUUGAGUUAACUGGUAGUUUUCAUGAAGAUUAUGAAAGAAUAUUAGUUUUUGCAUCAAAAAUGGUUAAUGCUACAAUGCAUGAUGUGCAACAAGCAGUGAUGAAAGUUGAAGUUGAUUUAUAUAGAAUUAUUGAAAAUAAAAAUUUAUAA